UCCUACCAGUACCAAUAAAUACAUAUAACUCAAAGUACAAAAGAACAUCAUCAAGCAUGGAGUACUACACAUUUACCGAAAACGACGAAGAACGUGUAUCGGGAAAUCAUCACGUGAAGAACACGUGGGUGAAAGAACGUUACGAGAGCGAUGAAGAAGAUGGAGAGGUGAACAAACUUAUCCUAAAGGAAGAUGAAGAAACUAAGGAUAUGGUGACAUCACCGAGUGGUGAGAGGAUGAUGUUGACGAGUAAGGUUAGGUAUCUCAACUAUGGAGCUCUUAAACAUGACACGGGGGCUCCGGCAGCUUCUGGUGGUGGAGGAAGAGCCUUGCCUCUUCCGUCGAACAGGUACCACCGUGGCCAUCCCAAGUACUACAGAUGCAGGGGUUGAAGUGAAAACUCUCAGCAGAUAAAAAAAAAUUCGAAUACAAAAACCCCUGUAUUGUAUAAAUAAUUAAUAAGUUGAGUAUGUGUACUCCAUGCAAGUGCAACGUGUGUUAUCUAUGUGCUUUUUUUGUUGUUAAAGUUAUCUAUGUGCUUUUUUUGUUGUUAAAGUUAUCUAUGUGCUUUGUUAUUCCCGCUUUUAUAGUCACUUUAACAAGCAUAGUUUGGAACU